CCAGCGGUCUUGUUGAAAACAAACGUAGGUGACAAUUCGAACUCAAUUGUCAAUAUAUUUUUAGGUUUAUUUUACCUUUAUGCAUAGGAAAAAUAUAUUCGUGCGUUUAAUAGGUAGCUUGGCUAGGAAGUUCAGGGUACUGCAGGAAGUAUGGAUAUUGCCGUGGUGGGGCAGUGGGGGACUGGCCGCGGUGCCGCUGUGGACCUUAGAUAGUUUGGUGCUUCUUGUCAAACUGUGCUCCACGUGCACUGUGGCUAUUACGAAAGUAUUAAUCCCACCGGCUUUGAAGAGCUUGCAUGGGGAGACUGUGUUGAUCACAGGCGCAGGCCAUGGCAUCGGACGUGAGCUGGCCCUCCAGUUCGCGGAGCUCGGGGCUACUGUAAUAUGCUGGGACAAUGACACGCGGCGAAACAAUGCUGUCGUCGAUGAAAUAAGGCUUAAAGAUGGAGAGUGUUACGGCUACACGAUAGACGUAACGGCUCGUGAACAAGUAGCUGCGGCGGCGACGCGCAUGCGACGCCAGCUGACCGACGUGUCCAUGGUCAUCAGUAACGCGGGAGUGCUCUCCUGCGCACCCAUCAGCCAUCUGCGGCAGGAGGCCAUCGUCAAGCUGGUUGAGAUUAACCUGCUAUCGCAUUUUUGGGUUAUCCAGGCCUUCCUACCAAGUAUGAUAGAGAGACGGCAUGGGCACAUAGUCGCUAUCAACUCUAGCGCAGGCCUUAUGCCGUGUGCGGAUAUGAUACCAUACUGUGCAGCUAAAUUUGGGCUUAGAGGACUUAUGGACUCACUAACAGAGGAGCUCCGGUUGGAUUCGUGGACGAAGAAUAUUCACACGACGUCUGUGUACCUCGCGACAGUCAAUACGGGCAUGUACCCGCCGCCUUCGCACCGCUUCACCGCCUGGUAUUCCGAGAUCACCGCUAAGGAAGCUGCCAGGACUAUUAUUCAAGGAGUUCGUAAAAACCACAGAAACAUCAGCAUACCAUCGUGCAUGAAGUUUCUGAUCGACCUCAACAACCUUAUGCCUUACAGAUUAAGGGUCAUUUUCACAGAUUUUUUUAACAUACGUCACAGAGGGUGGUUUUGUUUUUGCUGAGAUCUUUACGGUUCUCGGCUAGGUUAGCCGUAAGACCAAUUUAUCUGAUACAACAUAUCUUGUAAGUAUUUUGGGAAUACAAACUUCGGAACUUAGGAACUGAUGGAUCUCUCAAAGCGUCCAUUCGCAUUUUAUAAAUAUGAAACGUCAGUUUUGUAUGAAAUUAGGAUGCAUCUGGAAGACGUUUGCAGUUAUGUUUCGAAGUGCAGGCACGGGAAAAAACAUUCGGCUCUCAGCCGAUUACACCAGUCCCGUGGUGCGCAUAAAUUUAGUUAUCAGUACUGCCAUCUGUAUGCCGAAAUAUGCGUAAAAAUGCGAAUUGAUGCUUAUGACUUGAUUGAGAUGUAGAUAUACUGCAUUGGACUGCUUGCAUUUCUAAAUUCCUGCGACUGUUUGAUACUUGUGUUUAUUUAGCUUUAAUGUGUAGUUGGUGGUGACUGUCUUGUACAUGUUUUACAAUUUAUUUUUAUUAUGAACAGGUUCAGGUAUUACUUGAAUAAAUCAUGUACCUUUAAA